AUGACCACCCUGAAAUUAAAGCAACACAGAAAAGAUUGUUUAUUUGUUGUUAACGACGCCGAGAGGCGAGAAUUUCUCAAGCAUCUGGCUACAUUGAGAGGAGAAGCCAACACUUUUCUUGCGAUGCUCAACGACACGAGGAGACAAGUACGAGAAUUGUAUUACUCUGGAAGUAAUGGCGACGGUGCUGUCGGUGUACAAGCUUACAGACCCGUACUCCGUGACCUCGCGAGAAUCCUAGUUCUCGUGAACAGAAAAGACGAGGAUAUAUACUUGCCACCGGAGGAUUGGCAGCGGCUGCUGGCAUGGGCCGAACGUUUACUGAGACGUUACAAGAAACAUACUUCGCCAGAGGUGGCUCAACUGGUAACAUUUCUCCAGCAACCGGGGCCAGUGAGUCAGCUGACACCGACGUCGCCCCAGCAGAUAGCAAUCACUCAAGCAUCAUCGCAGGCGUAUGAGCUAAGAUCAACACCGACGAACCUUACGACAUUCCAGGCGAACGCGCCGCUGACGACCUUCCAGGCCAGCGACAAGUCCAGCAUAAGCCCCGCGAGCUCCAGCCUCGGGUACAUCAAGGACAGUCCCAUCGGCUCGAGCUUGGGUCAGAACAGCUGCAUCGUCUACAACGACAAGCUGAGUCCGUCCGGGUCGACUGUGGGCCAGACUACCCCCCUGGUCUUCAACACGGCCCAAAAAAGACGCACGUCCUCUUCAGUCAAUUCGAAUAAUUUCCAGGAGCUCGGGAUCUCCGCGUUUAAUCACACCUACCUGCCUGGUAAUUUGACUACGGGAAUCCCCGGCGAUGGAAGCGCCAGUGUAUCUUGUCCUGAGGAGUGCAAUGGUCUCAAUCGUGAUCUCAAUCCCCAGUGGGAGUUUCAAACCACGAUUGAAGCAACUAAAUACACGAUAUUGAAUGACUGGGCACCUGGAAGGGACUACCUCAUUGACGACUUCACGAUUCUCGGGUUCAGACCGCAAGAUGAAAUUACCACAGAAUUAUGA